AUGGAUCAACACGACGACUUUGAUAGCGUCUCAUGGAGGCAUGACGCUGGUAGUGAUGCCUCCGGGUCCCGUCCCACCACCUCGGGGACUGAUGCGGAAGAGCCGUCUGGCCUUCAUCACGAUGUCAAUGGCAAGCGCAGGAUGAGUUCGGCAGGCCACGAACCUCAGGCCGGUCCGCUCGCCGACGCCGUCGACCUGGCGGGCAUCGGUGACGGGGUGCUAGAAUGCCAGGUCGAUUCGCCGUUGAAGGAAAACGAUGGCACCAAGGAUGCCUACAUCUCUUAUCUAGUUACUACACACACCGAUUUCAAAUCCUUCCAGAAACCAGAGUUUACCGUGAGAAGACGCUUUACCGAUUUCUUCUUCCUAUACAAGACGCUGUACCGGGAAUAUCCCGCUUGCGCGGUCCCGCCGCUCCCGGACAAGCAUAAGAUGGAAUACGUGCGGGGGGAUCGGUUCGGCCCCGAAUUCACCACCCGCCGGGCCUGGUCGCUACAUCGGUUCCUGAAGCGGCUGACAUUGCACCCGGUCCUCCGUCGGGCGCCUUUGCUGGCGGUAUUCUUGGAGUCCCCCGAUUGGAAUGCGCACAUGCGUCUACGGUCCUCCCGCAACUCGACCAGCACGUCCGACGGCAGCGGCGUGCCCGGCAUCUUCGACAAUUUCACGGACACGUUUGUCAAUGCGUUUACGAAAGUGCACAAGCCGGACCGCCGGUUCAUCGAGGUUCGGGAGAAGGCGGACAAGCUGGACGAGGAUCUCAGCCACGUGGAGAAGAUCGUGGCGCGGGUGGCUCGACGCGAGGCCGACCUGGAGGCGGACUACAAUGAGCUUGCGACGCAGUUCCGCAAGCUGGUUCCGCUGGAACCGGACGUCGAGGUGCCCCUGCAGGUCUUCGCGGCGUCGGUGGAAGAGACGGCGCGCGGGCUGAAAACGCUGAAAGACCACACAGACCAGAACUACCUGGGUUCGCUGCGCGACAUGGAAGCCUACAUCCUUUCGGUCAAGGCGCUGCUCAAAACGCGCGAGCAGAAGCAGCUCGACUUCGAGGCGCUGGUGGAAUACCGCAACAAAGCGGUGGCCGAGCGGGACUCGCUGGCCACGAACCCGUCGUCCUACUACGCGUCCAACCCGCUCACCUCGUCGCCCGCUUCCUUCAUCCGGUCGAAGAUGGAAGACAUGCGCGGGGUCGACCACGAGCAGUCUCGCCGGGAGCGGGUGCGCAAGCUGGAACUCCGCAUCGACGAGCUCACGCGCGAGGUCGAGUCGGCCAAGACUACGUCGGAGAUGUUCGACGAGGAGGUGGUGCGCGAGGUGGCGGACUUUGAGCGAAUAAAGGCGGUAGAGUUCCGGGACACGCUGGGGGCGUUGGCAGAGAAGCAGAUUGAAUUCUACCAGGGGGUGCUCAACACGUGGGAGCGGUUCGUGGCGGAGAUGGACGGGGAUUUCGAAGAGGGUCUGGCGUCUCAGGCACAGGAGGGUGCCGCCGUGGCCCGGUAG